UUGUGAAUAAAGCUAGCACUGGCGCUAAGUAUUAGCUUAUUAAUGACCAGGCUGUGAUUCAGAGCUCAGGUGACCGAAGAGGCGGGUUCGUUUAAAUUCCUCACUGAAAGAAGCUAAUGGUCAGGAAACUGUUCACACUGCAAGAAGCACGACGAUUUAUACCAAACGAGCGGGUGCUUCUGACAUGGCACGACGCCGUUUGUGUCCUAAAUUUCUGUCAUGUCUGAAAGCGAAAGCGCAAACGCCGUUAGAAAACUCGAUGCCUCGGCAGAGAAAGGAGACACUCCUCCACUAGCACCGUGCACUCAGGUAUCAGAUCAACACCAUGCACCCGAUGCUUCCAGCGCGUCUUACACUUCAACCAAAGAGUCAGCACUUACACAGGAAAGUAAAACUCAGACACCAGAGCCAUCUGAAGCACACAAAAACCAUUCUGCUGAAGCUGAAGGUCCACCCUCGAGCAUGCUGAACAAUCCUGCUACGCCUGUGACCUUCACUGCCUCCAUGACUCCAGCACCAAAUGCCAUAGUGAGCUCUGUGCCUGUCAGAUCUGCUACGCCGCUGGUGGUGGGGGCGAGAGUGGUGUCUGCAGCGAUUACAGCAGCCGGGGCUAGUGGACAGACCUCGGCAUCAAAUCCUGGAGGACUGUCCAACCAGAUCAGACCUCCAGCAGUGACCCAGGCUCCUCUCCAAGCAGCGGUCAUGGCUCUACCGAGGACUUCACCGCAGAAUGUAACAGUGUCGCGGAGCCUUCAGACCACGUCUCUCCAGCUUCCUGCAAACUUUCAGAUUCCACAAGGUAUGGUUUUAAUUCGCAGCGACAGUGGCCAGUUGAUGUUGGUUUCCCAGCAGGCUUUGGCUCAAGCACAGGCCCAGGGCUUUGUGCCCAAAACAUCCAGUGUCACUACAGCUGUAAGACCACAAGCCUCCCAGGCAACAGCUACAUCGAUCAUCAGAGUUUCUCUUCCAUCUACAUCUACAACAGUAGCCACCUUAGUAAAACCUACCUCCUCGACAGGAAAGGCUGUUCUGAAGCCCAGCUCCACCAUGACUACUACCAUAAUCAAACCUACAACUACAGGAAGCACAAUUAUUAAAGCCUCCUCAGUGUUAGGGACUGGCAUUAAGCCAAACUCCAUCACAGGACCCACGGUCAUUAAAGCAGCCACUGCUCAGAAACCUCCGACAAGCAACACAACAGGAACCAUAAGCCAAAGGACAGUCACAGGCACCAAUGUUUCCUCUACAUCUGUAGUAAAGUCUAUAGGCAAGGCAUCACUUUCUUCAUCAGUUACUCAGAGCAUCCGCCCAGUUACCAUUGGCCCUCGAAUUAUCUCCCCAAAUAUUCCCAUCAAAGCCACCAGGAGUAGCAAAGUCUCCACUCCGGUCACUGUCACAGCCGAGACACUGGAGAAUGUAAAGAAAUGUAAAAACUUUCUGAUCACUCUAAUGAAGCUGGCAUCGAGCGGGACCCGUUCACCUGACAUGGCUCAGAAUGUCCGCAAUCUAGUCAAAGACCUGCUGGACGGACGUCUCGAAGCUGAGGAGUUCACUGAAAAACUUUACAUGGAGCUGAAAUCAUCCCCGCAACCGUACCUAGUGCCCUUUCUUAAAAGAAGCCUUCCUGCUGUGCGUCAGCUCACCCCAAACUCUCAGCUCUUCAUCCAGCAGAGUGAGCAGCCCAAAGCCUCCUCUUCAUCCACAAUCACCAGCAGUGCCCAGAAACCCAGCCUUUCAUCCUCCACCACAAUCUCUCAGCCUCUUCGAGGCAGCGUAUCAGCUAGACCCCCUCAAAUGGUGAUCCAGCAAAGCAAAGGAGUGAUUGUGGAGCAACGUCUGACCUCCUCAUCCCAUGUUGUGUUACCAGUGCAGAACCACACACAGCCCAAGCAGCCGGUCAUUCAGACCAACACACAGGCAGCAGGAGAUUUUAGGAAGCAGUAUUCUCUCCAGGCAUGUAAAAUCCCCUCUGGACCUACUCAGGCAGCACAAACACACAAUUUCAAGGACAGCACCUCAGGCUUAUUCCGUGAUGACGAUGACAUAAAUGACGUGGCCUCCAUGGCGGGUGUAAAUGUGAAUGAGGAGAACGCUCGCAUUUUGGCGUCCAGUUCAGAGCUGGUGGGAACAGUGGUGCGCUCAUGCAGGGACGAGCCGUUCCUGCAGACCACAGCACUGCAACAGAGAGUGCUCCUCAUUGGUAAUUCUCUAGGUGUUGCAGAGGUGAAUCCAGAUGUGCUUGGGUUGCUUUCUCAUGCCACGCAGGAAAGACUUCGCGAUCUGCUGGAAAAACUCACUGUUAUAGCACAACAUCAUAAUAUCUCUUACAGGGAUGAUUGGCGGAACAUUCAGACCAGUGACACUCGCUCCCAGCUAAAGUUCCUGGAGCAGCUGGAAAAAGUGGAGAAACAAAGAAGAGAAGAGGAGGAGAGGGAAACCCUGUUGCGCAUCGCUAAGAGUCGCUCGAGCAGUGAGGACCCUGAGCAGCUUCGGCUCCGACAAAGAGCCAAAGAGAUGCAGCAGCUGGAGCUAGCUCAAAUGGAGCACAGAGAUGCUAACCUGGCAGCACUUGCGGCUCUGGGGCCUCGAAAGAGGAAACCUUUGGAGGCUUCCGGUUCUGGGACUAACCAGGUUCUGAGUUUCCAUGCUCAGAGAACUGCUCAAAGGCUUCCAACACGGGUCACUUUCAAAGAUCUGAUCUUCUGCAUGGAACAGGACCGUGCACUUAGACAAUCUCUUACACUCUAUAAUGCUUUCCUACGUUAGCACUCCUUCAGUUUCUUUUCAAAGUUACUUUCAAUUACAUGGCUUAGUUAAAGGAAUAAUUAUUUCAUCUUUGAUUUGAAAUAGGGUCUACCUAAUGUCUAGAUUAAACAUUGUUUCCUUUCCUUGGUUAGUUGUUGAUUGAAAUUUUUUGCACUUAUUUGUGAUAUUAAAACACUUCAGCAUUGCGCUUGUAUCGUGUUUGUGUUGAGAAUGACUGACCUCUUUUGAGGAAAAUGAGUUCUUUUAUUAGUUUCCCAAAAUAAUAUUGUGGCUUCCUGAUUAUCCAACUGUACUAAUGUUUUAAUUAAAUCUUUUAAUGACAUUUAUUAUUAUAAUGCAAUUGAGUAAACGAACGAGAUGUUGGCACUGGAUUUUUGGAACAAGCUCGAGGGCAUCGCCUACAGCACCAAGCCUGCGCAGAACAGGAUACUGCCUCAGGAGCCAAUCAGUGUAGGGCACUGCUGCAGGCAUAGGGACUGACCAAUCAGUGUAGGAUACAGCCUCAGGGGUUAGGGACAACCAAUCAGAAGUGGAUGUCACUUCAAGCCCUAGAGCUGGCCAACAGGAACUACACAUAGCCAGGGGGCCAAGAGGAGAGCAACCAGGUCAACAUCACUGGAGGAAAAACACCGGAGAGGAAAAACCUCAUCACCUCAAUGCUCACAGCCAUACAACGUUGUCUAAAAACUCAGCCAACAAUAUUCAAUGUCGGUGAAAUUUGUGUGGAAUUGUGUUCAUGGAAAAGUCCAGGCACUCCAGGAUAGUAUGAAAACGCUGAUUAUAAAUAGAAUAAUGGAAACAAAACCAGCUUAUAUUAUUAGAAGGACAGUAAAAGAGUUUAAUAGAAGCGAUGUGUCUGACCUUGGCUGCAAGAGAUUAAAGCUUUUCUGAGACCCAGCAGUCUGCCUAUUCUAUUACCUCUUAAUAAGCAGAACUGUCACACUGGGAGCUAUGUACUGGAGCCUGGAGCUCUUCCAGUCCCAUCUACAGUG